GCUCUCUCUUGCUGUUGCUCAUCUUGCCCAUCUUGCUCCCAUUCUCAUCUAGUCCGACCCCGACGACAUGCACCUCCUCCCCCGCGAGCAGGACAAGCUCCUCAUUGCGGCCGUCGGCCAGCUCGCACAGCGCCGCCUCGCGCGCGGACUGACGCUGAACCGCGGCGAGGCUGUCGGACUCAUCAGCUUCCAGCUGCACGAGCUCGCGCGCGAUGGGACAUACUCGGUCGCGCAGCUCAUGGACAUCGGCAAGAAGAUGCUCGGGCGGCGGCACGUCAUGGACGGCGUGCCGGAGGAGAUCCAUACUGUGCAGAUCGAGGCGACGUUUCCUAACGGCACGUUUCUCGUCACGGUCCACGACCCCGUCUGUGCCGACAGCGUCGACCUCGACCUCGCGCUCUACGGCAGUUUCCUGCCCAUCCCGAGCGACGACAAGUUCCCCAUCCGCGCCCAGCUGGCGAAGAACGACUUGCCCGGCGCGCUCGUGUGCCGCAAAGAGAAGAUCCGGCUCAACCCGGGCCGUAAGCGCGUGCACAUCGAGGUGAAGAACUUGGGCGACCGCCCGAUCCAAGUCGGCUCGCACUACAACUUCUUGGAGGUGAACGCGGCGCUGCUCUUCGACCGCGAGCUCGCGUACGGGAAACACCUGGACAUUGCGGCAGGCACGGCGGUGCGUUUCGAGCCAGGCGAGCGGAAGACGGUGCCGCUCGUCGAGAUCGGCGGGCACAAGAUAAUUUCGGGCGGGCACGGCCUGUGCCCCGGGCCGCUGGACGAGGAGAAGCGGCACACCCUCGUGCCGCAGCGAGUAAGAGAGCUCGACUUUGCGCACAAGAAGCAGGAGAGGGUCGAGGAGGCGCCGGUGCCGGAGAUGGAUCGGGAAGUUUACGUGUCGAUGUUUGGUCCGACUACGGGCGACCGCAUGCGGCUCGGGGACACGAGCCUCUGGGUGGAGAUCGAGAAGGACUACACAGUGUACGGCGACGAGUGCAAGUUUGGGGGUGGCAAGGUCAUCCGUGACGGAAUGGGACAGGCGUCGAACCGCUCCAACGCCGAGGUGUUGGACGCAGUCAUCACCAACGCAGUGGUGAUUGACUGGAGCGGGAUUUACAAGGCAGACAUUGGUAUCAAGAACGGCUACAUUCACGCUAUUGGCAAGGCGGGCAACCCGGACAUCCAGGACGGCGUCGACCGCGACAUGGUCGUUGGGUCCAACACGGAGGUGAUUGCUGGCGAGGGCAAGAUAUUGACUGCGGGCGGAUUGGACACACACGUGCACUACAUCUGCCCCCAGAUUGGGGAGGAGGCUCUUUCGUCUGGCCUCACGACGCUCAUCGGUGGUGGCACAGGACCGUCGGCAGGCACUAAUGCGACCACUUGCACGCCAAGCAAGUGGUACAUGGAAGCGAUGAUGCUCGCGACGGACGGCUCGCCGCUCAACUGGGGCUUCUCGGGCAAGGGCAACGACUCGGGAGAGCUAGGAUUGCGCGACAUCAUCGAGGCCGGUGCCAUGUCGCUCAAGAUCCACGAGGAUUGGGGAGCUACGCCGGAGGUCAUCGACCGCGGCCUCGACGUGUGCGACGAGUACGAUAUCCAGCUCAACAUCCACACGGACACGCUCAACGAGGCGGGAUACGUCGAGAGCACAGUUGACGCGUUCAAGGGCCGUACGAUCCACACGUACCACACUGAGGGUGCGGGCGGCGGCCACGCUCCGGACAUCAUCGUGGUGUGUGAGCACCCGAACGUCCUCCCGUCCUCCACGAAUCCGACAAUGCCGUACUGCAAGAACACGCUCGACGAGCAUCUCGACAUGCUGAUGGUGUGCCACCACCUGGACCGCUCGAUCCCCGAGGACAUUGCGUUCGCGGACUCGCGCAUCCGCGCUGAAACGGUCGCCGCCGAGGACAUGCUGCACGACCUGGGCGCGAUCUCGAUGAUGAGUUCGGACACGAUGGCGAUGGGGCGGAUCGGCGAGGUGGUCGCGCGCACAUGGCGCACCGCGAGCAAAAUGCGCGACUUGCGCGGCCCGCUCGCGGGCGACGAAGACGGGCGCGACAACACGCGCGUCAAGCGCUACAUUGCAAAGUACACGAUCAACCCCGCGAUCACGCACGGCGUCUCGCACAUCGUGGGCCAAGUCGCGCCGGGCAUGUUGGCGGACCUGGUGUUGUGGGACCCCGCGCAUUUCGGGGCACGCCCCGAAAUGACGAUCAAGGGCGGCAUGAUCGCGUACGCGCACAUCGGGGACGCGAACGCGUCCAUCCCGACCGUGCAGCCGCUCAUCGGGCGACGGAUGUUCGGGAGCGAGCCGGACGCCGCGGCGUUCAACAGCGUCGUGUUUGUGUCGCAGGCGUCGAUUGACAACGGGGCUGUGGAGGGGUACGGGCUGCGCAAGCGCGCGGAAGCCGUGCGCAACUGCCGCAACAUUAGCAAGCGCGACAUGAAGUGGAACGACUACAUCCCGCGCAUGGGCGUAGACCCCGAGACGUACGAGGUGCAUGCCGACGGCGUGCUUAUGGAUGUGCCGCCUGCGGACGAGCUGCCGCUGGCCAAGCGGCACUUCUUGUUCUAGGUGGGGUGGAAGUGGAGCUCGCGAUCAUGAUAUGUAUCUGUAUCCAACGAUGUGUGUGGAGGGGCGACGCGGUUGGGGGAGGGCUCGGCGAUCAUCCUCCCCGUUCCAUGAGCUGCAUUGGAGGCCGUGAGUGGGAAUCUGUCAGACC